CCUAAGCCAAUCACACACUCGCUAGCAAACAGCUAGCCCCUCCCUCCCAUCCACUUCGACACCUUCCUCCGACUUCGGCAACUUCCAAACAUUUGCGAGCGCUUUGGGAGCAUGUCUGCCAUCCAGGCUCUGGAGCAGUGGUGCCGGUCUCAGUGUGACGGCUACCGGGAUGUGAAUAUCACCAACAUGACCACGUCGUUCCGGAGCGGACUGGCUUUCUGUGCCCUCAUCCACAAACACAGACCAGACCUCAUUGAUUACGACUCUCUCCGCAUGGAAGACGUGUUUGACAACAACAAGCUGCGGCAUGUCAUGUCAAUAAAUGACGAUCUCGCGGAAGUUAACUUCCUGCGAGCAUCCUGCAGCACUGAGACCAUUUACAAGACUCCCACCCAGUCUCCUGGUAAAGGAAACAUGAGUUUGGCUUUUCAAGUGGCUGAGGAGGAAUUGGGUAUCCCAGCUCUGCUGGACGCGGAGGAUAUGGUGGCCUUAAGGAUUCCCGACAGACUGAGCAUUCUCACCUACGUCUCUCAGUACUACAACUACUUUAAAGUGCCUCAAGCGAAGAAAAAUCUCCCAGUGGCCCCCAAAGCCUCGGCAACCAAACCCGCCGUUAAGAAUCAGGCUCCUUCCCCUGUCGCCAGCCGGAUGUCUCCCAAGCUGGCGAAAGCUGACUCUGAGGAGCCGAACAGCAACAAAAGUGGAACGCUCAAUAGUAAAUGUGUGACCUGCAAAGGUCACGUUCAUCUUGUCCAACGACAUUUUGUGGAUGGGAAACUCUUUCACAGGCGCUGUUUCAUUUGCUGUGAAUGUUCAGGCACGCUUCACGCAGGAGGCUACAAAGCUGGGAAGAAUCCCGACACUUUUGUUUGCCGCGUACACCCCGAGAAGGCUUCUGAACCUUCCACCGGGGCUCAAGUCAAGCCUGCGGCCAGCUUGUCAGAAAACCUCAUCGGCAUCCAGCCUGCACCUUCUUGCAAGCCCGUCCAGCCAGUCCCUCCGACUCAAUGCUGGACGACCUCGGCUCAGAAAACUCAAGCGGCCCGGCAGAACUUUCUCCAAGCAGCGCCGCCGCCUCCUGCAGCGUUCCCGCAAUGGCCGCAAAUCAGUACGAGAAAGAAACUGGCUGAGCAAAACUGCAAUAAUAACAACAAACGUCCGUUUACUAUUCGCUCAGCGGAGAGACGCUUUGGAGGAGAGUCCAGUCCAGCUGAAAGUUCCACUGCGCCAAAAGUCAAAAGCAGCACAAAUCCAGCAAAGAAUUUUCAUCCCGAGGUGAUCAAAUGCAGCAACGCGAGACCACCGACGGACGCAGAUCCUCCUCCCAAGUGUCAACAUGUGGAAAGCAAAGCCGAGGCGCCAAGAAAAGACGCCGAAUCUGCUGGAAAAGAACAUCAGUAUGACUUCAUGUCCACGUCUUUCUCCAGCGUCCCCUUAAGUCCUGCCAAGAAGAGAUCUGAGCCUUCCGGGCAGCGCUCGCCUGUCAAAUCCACGACAAAAUGGCCAACUACAGAAUCCAUUCGCUCGCCAACCUGCAAGGGAGACGUCCUGUCAGGUGCUAAAAAGGGAAAGUAUUUGUCACCCACCAACGCUCCCGGCGCAGAAAUGAGGUCACCCUCGCGCCAGUCUUAUCACAUCCCGGCGGAGCGGAUUGAGAACGAGCUGGACCAGAUCGAGAAGAGCCUGGUGCUGCUAGAGAGGGAAGGUGUGGAGCUGGAGAGGAAACUCCGCCGCUGCGAGGAAGAGGGCGGGGGCGACCUGCUGAUGGAUCCCCUGAUGGUUGACUGGUUCAAGCUCAUCCGAAAGAAGCAAAUGUUCAUCAGGAAGGAGUCUGAACUUGUCUACACAGCAAGGACUCAGGAGCUGGAGCGGCAACAGCCACGUGUUGAGCAGGAACUUCGCAGGCUCCUGGAAAAGCCAGAUCACGUCAAGUCGUCCGAGGAGCGAGCCCGUGAGAAGAUGCUGAUGUGCAACCUGAUGGAAAUUGUGGAUGGUAGGAACGCCAUUGUGAAGGUCCUGGAUGACGACCGCCUCAGGGAAUUGGCGGAGGAUGAGCAGCUAAACACAAUGAUGACAAAUUUGGGAAUAAAGAAAGGCAAACCUAAAAGGAAAUCCUCCAUCUCAAAACUGUUUGGUCGAAGACGUAAGCGACGAGUGGAAUAAUGUUUGAUAAUUCGAUAAAGCGUUGAGACAUUUUGAUGUCAUAAAGCACAUACCGAUUUGAACAUUGUAACUUAAACUUUUUAUCACUGUAAUUAGUUAAGAUUUGUGAUCGUAAAAAUCAAAGAGGUAAGAAUAUGGUUUUUAGCUCCCACUAAUCUAUACACAGCGUUAAUCAAUACUGCCUGCUUGGAAUAAGAAUUGAUCUGAUUAAUUGAUCAAUUGUCAAUCCCAGACGGUGCUCGCGUUGGGCAAUAUCACCCUCUGCUGUUGUCACUAUAACCUCACACUACAAGAUAUUUAUUCAGACAUUCUUUUAUCGAGCCUUUUCUGACUUGGGUUGGAAGUGUCAAAGAUAAAGUUAGCCCCAAUUAUAGGUGUGUGAGCACGCCGCUUAAUUAAUGGCAGGAUUAAUGUUAGAAUGCAGCAUAAACCCUUUUUUUUGGUUUGGCCUUGGCUGAGGUCUGAACUUGAUGCUCAUAUUUGUUUUCUUGUAAUGUAAAAAAAAUGAAAAAGACUAUUUGUUGUGUUUAUUAUUCACACAUUGUCAUUGGUUUUCUGUCACUUACUCAUAUUACCUGCAUGUCAUAUGACACACACACAAACGCACAUGCACACACACACACACCUCGACCAUCCCAUAGUUAUUCUUUCCAUUCUACCUUUUAAUAAUAACUUAUCAGUGUGUGCUACUUUAAUGAAUCAUUAAAAAAAAAAUGUAGCCAAUCAGGUGGCGCGAGGUCAAAAGUAGGUCGUGGGCUGUUGAAAUCGUUCCUGCUGCAUUAUGUGCAUAUUAGACACACGUGUAAUCCUUCCACAGCCUCCCAGCCAAAUUGAAAUUAUUUCAUUAAUAAUUCCAAUAAUGGAUUUUAACAAAUUUCCUGUAACGACAUUAGCGGGUGAAGACAGAGGGGUGGGGGAGGACGCGGGGCUCUUGUUAAUUAAGUAAGCCACACGUGUUGAGCAGCCUCCAUUUUGUACUGUAGGUGGCAGCCUGGCUAUGCUCUAUCACACACACUCUUACACACACACAUAGCCGCCACUUGCAAAAUCCAAUUUGCCUCACUUGCAGACAGUUAAUUUCUUUGCUAAUUUUAUAAAUGCUGUAAAAAAAAAGUUUGAGCUGUGCCGAUGCCGUAGCGCUAUGUGAAAGAGGAUUAGCUCCCGCGCUAGCUUAUGGCGGCCAAGGCUUAUAAACUAUAGUGCGGCCUUAUCACGCGUCUGACGUGCUUUAAUUAAACAUUACUCUUUGCUAAUAUCUGCGCGGCGAUUGCGGCGCACCUAAAUGUGCGGCCUCCUCGCUUUUAGCAUUUUAGCUGGGAAAGGAAAGCACGCUGUAGCAACUUUAAACUCCGGUGUCCAGCAAAUCCUUUGAAGAUUAGCGUGUGCGCUAAAGCUGAAGAGUAGUAUUCACACAUGCAGCACAUACAAGCUAAAAUAUUCUGCAGCCGAUUUUUAUUACUCCGCCUACUUUUUUUCACUUCUUCCAUUUUUCAGCCAAUUUAAACCCUUCACAUUCUAAUAGAUUCAAAACAAUUCAGGAUUUUUUUGGGUUGCAAUUAUGCAGAACAAAAGGUAAAAUGUAGAUGAACUGCAACAAUAUGACACAACUCGCGUUGAGAUGCGUGAAAUGGAGAUCACAGUCGGAACUGAGUUCUGAAA